AUGGAGCCAGAACCAAUAAACACACACGGAGAGGAGAACAUAAAUCCAUCGAAACAAACUCUUAGCGAUGGAUACACAAAUCUGGACGGAAUGACACAUACUCCCGCAUCUCAUCCGAUCAAUACCAGCGGGUACCCAUCGAACACAAACAGUAUGCUUCAUUACAACUACAAUAUCUAUGAGACAGCAAAUCAAACGGGAUCCAACUACAGCAAACCGACUACACCUUUGAUUGAACAAAGCGGAAAUGCAUCUCACGGCUUCACAACUUACCCAUCCACUGGUUCAACAUCUGUCACCACCUCACCUCCUUCCAGCGACAGUUGUUCAUCCGGCAGGAAUUCCAGCUCACCGGAUUCCUUUGUGAGCUCGGCGUCUUCCGGAUUGUCAGUUGACCAAACGGAUUUAACCUUACAAGAAUUUGAAAUAGUGCAAAAAAAGAUCGAGCAGGAUGGAACAUACGGAAUUACAAAACCGCCAUACUCAUACAUUUCAUUGAUAUCUAUGGCUAUGAAAAUGUCGCCCAGGGGCCAAUUGUCACUCUCAGGAAUUUAUAACUGGAUAAUGGACGUUUUUCCGUUCUACCGGGACAAUCAACAAAGAUGGCAAAAUUCGAUUCGCCAUUCCUUAUCAUUCAAUGACUGCUUUGUGAAAGUUGCAAGGCCCCUCAAUGAACCAGGCAAGGGAUGCCAUUGGACACUCCACGAAAAGUGCGGAGAGAUGUUUGAAAACAGAGGCCACCUCCGGCGUCAAACACGAUUCAAGGUGAAGGAGCGUGCGCAACCAAAAAAGAAGAAGAGCGCUCACUCAAAACAGACAGUAAUGGAGGUCAAGCAAAAGGAAAUGAAUGAGUUCUUCAAUUCGUCUGUUGUUGCGAGCCCUGUGACAACGGUGGAGCAAGAAGAAGAUAUGAAAACAAUUCAAGAUGUAACAUCUGCGGCUGCUGGAGCUGUUUCGGUGUCACAUGACCAUGCGUACUGGGGUGAAACCAGCAAUGUUUACCAAUCGGCUUCAGUGAUUUCUAGUCCUCAAACUUAUGAAGCAGCAGAGCCACAGAUGAACUUCAACGAUCACUAUCCAUUGUCGUACGAAUACAACGAUUUCUCGACAAGUCUUCAUCAUCCACAAAACGAUUCGAGCGAGUCCAUUGUUUACAAUUCGUCGGGUACUAGCGUCAAUAACUACGAUGGAUAUCCGAAUACAAUCUACAGCUCGAGCGACCCAGAUUCUGCAAGAUAUCUCUGA